UAUGUCGAUGUUCCUUGCCAAGAUGCUCGCCGAGUAAUCUUGAGAUGGCCAGGGAUAGAUAGCGAUUACAUCCAUGCCAAUUAUGUAGCAACACCAAGCAAGGAUCAUCACUUUAUCUGUACACAGGCACGUAAUCAAAAACUGUAUCGUAGUAAGAUCUUAUCAACAUUGUGUUUCAAGGGUCCCCUUCUAAACACAAUGCACGCAUUCUGGGCAAUGGUUAUACAAGAAAAAAGCGACUUUGUUCUUAUGCUGUGCAACGUGAUAGAAUGCGAGAAAAGAAAAUGUGAGCAGUAUUGGCCCUACAAUGUAGGUGAAUCGAUGGCGUUUGGAGAAGACACCGAUGGAAAAAUAAUUGUAACAUCUAUGGAGGUAUACGUUUACGUGAAUGCUCAUCCUAUGUCGGAAGAGGAUAACUUUAUUCGGGUAAGCAAGCUGCGGCUGGACUACAAGGAAAAUAGUGAAGACAAAUCGAGAAUCGUCUAUCAUUAUCAUUGGGAAAAUUGGCCGGAUCGGGGAGUACCACCGACAAAAUUGACCCCAAUUAAUCUACUCGCAGAAGUCCGUGGUUCUUCAGCUCCGAUUAUUGUUCACUGCUCCGCGGGUAUUGGCAGAACUGGAACGAUUGUGGCCAUAUCGUAUGUGCAAGAAAAGAUGCAAAAUGGGGAAGAUUGCCAAGCAAUGAGUGAAUUAUUGAAAGAGAUUCGAACUCAAAGGGCUUGUUCUAUUCAAAAUGCUUAUCCUCAAACUAACAUUCAGCAAUAUCUUUACGUGCAUCGUGUCCUACUUGCGUACUUUCUUGAAAAAUAUCGAGGACGUUUCCAACACUGUUUGGAUAAUGGUGGGGAAGAAAAGUACCAGCAAUGGUGUGCCGACUACAAGAGAAUAACUGGCUGCGACUAAUU